AUGCUGACUCAAGCAGGCGCUGCUGCUUUCAUUCUCGCUGGCGGGGUCGCACCAGCCCUUGCAGGAGAGGAUGGUGGUUUGAUGCAAACUGAGUCUGGAGUCAAGUACAAGAUCCUCAAGACCACCACGGCGCCGGGAGACAAGUUUGGAAUCGUCGAGACUGCAGAGGAUGGCGACCUUGUGAUCCUCUCCAUCUUGGCCAAGACGGCUGAUGGAAAUGUAGUGAUGGAUACAUCCAAGUCGCGACAAGGUUUCGCGGUUGCUUUGGGCAAAGGCAAGACAAUCAGAGGGUUGGAGGACGGAGUGAAAGGAAUGAAAGCUGGAGAGACGAGAGUGCUGUAUAUCCCAGCAGGACCUCUGACCGAACCGAUCAAGCAGGAUGUCGAGAUCGAAGUCACGUACGAGCGCAAGAGUAACCUGAUGAAGAUGUUUGGGUUUGGCAGCUGA